AACUAUUUUUAGCAGUUGCUAUUUUCAAAAUUCGUUUUUUCAAUAUCACUAAUAUUGUAACUAUUUUUCUUUGUUAAUUAAAUAAUUUUUAGUAUUAUGUUUAUCAUUAAAUUUUAAAAGUGAAAAUUACUAUUAAAUAGUCUUUUACAAUUAUAUUUUGUAAAGAUUCUUUUUUAAAAGAAGAAAAAAAAAUCUUAUUUGGUCAAAAUUAGAAAAGGAAUAAUUAUGUCACAAAUCUCUUUUAUUUAAGAUUUUAGGAAAGAGAAAGUUAUUUUCGGCAGAUUUUUAUUGACACAUUAGCAUAUAAUUGUUUUAUUGGCACAUGUAACAAUCAUAUCGGGUGAAAUAUUUGAAUUUAUUUUGGUGUAUAAUUUUUUUUAACACAAAAUUACCUAUGAAAAAGGAAAGUUAGUUAUUUAUAAGAAAAAUAAUAUUGCUUUUACAAUUAUAUUUUAUUUAGAAUUUAAAAAAGGAAACUUACUUAUUUUAUAAUUAUUUUUCUUUAAUAUUUUCCAUUAAACGUUUUCUUGUAUUGGUUGGAUAGUGUAAUUCGUUUUUGUUUAAUUUUUUUGUACAACUAAUUUAUAUUUAAUAAAAAAAAAUUUAACUGAUUGUUUAUUUUGUCUUAUACGUACAAACACAUAUUUUUAAUAUUUUUCAUAUUCACACAUACUCAUGUAUGACAACACAUCAUAGUUGGAAAAAAUUACGUUAGCAUCAUAAAAUGUAAUAAGAUUAUAAAAAUAUGAGUUUUAUCAAGAAAUUAAAAUAAAAUACUUAGGUAAUACUUUUCUCGUAAAUAAUAUUUCGUUUUGUGAAAGUAAUAUGUGGAAAUUUAAAACUAAAUAUAGUUGUGAAAUAUUUGUAGCUAUUUUUUGGUUUAUAAUUUUUUAAUAUACAAUUACCCAUUAAAAAGAAAAGUUUGCUAUUUAUAGUAAAAUAAUAGUAAUUCUUUUUAAAAUUUUCUUUCUUUAGACUUUUAAAAAAUAAAUAUGACUUAUUUUAUAGUUAGUUUUACUUUAUGAUAUUUAUUAAAUAAUUUCUUGUAUUUGUAGGAUUUUGAUAAUUCGUUUUUUAAAAUUUUUUAGUUAAUAUUUUUUAAAAAGAAAACUAAAUAUUUGGAAAAACAAAUUUACUUUCAAAUAAUCUUUUAUAAUUAUUUACUUGUUUAGGAUUUAAAAUAAAAAUAAAAAUUACUAUCCCAUAAUUUUAACAAUAUAUAAUUGUAAAAGUUAUGUAAUAGUAAUUGUUCUUUUCCAAAAUCUUAAAAAAAAUUGUAAAAAGAUAUUUUUAUAAUAAUAUAUCAUAUUCUUAAAUCUUAGAAAAAAGGAUAUCAUAUUUUUGACACAUGUCACAAUCUUAAAAAAUUUAUUGACACAUGUCGCGAUCAUGUUAAUUAGCAACUUUGAAAAAACAAUCUUUAUAUAAUUAGAUAGUAUAUAGACGUUGACCCGUGCGACCGCAUGAAUAUUUAAUUUUACAUUUUAAUUUUUGUUUGUACAUAAUAUUAUAUUUGUAAAUGUAGUUCUAUAAAACCGUGUAAUUUGUUUUUUUGUGUUUUAACAUAAAAUGUAUUACCAAUGUUGAGUAUAAAUCCAGCAUUUUUAUAAUUAGAUCCAUGUCUAAGAUAUAUAGCGGAAAAAAAAUUAAAAUGAAAAGUAUGGAAAAUAGACAAUUAUGAGUUAGUAUGCUAUUUUUAAAUGGUACACUAGUUAUAAAUUUUUUUAUGAAAAUAAAAUGAUUGUUAAAUUUCUAUCAAAUUUGGAACAUAUAAAAAUUAAGAUUUAAAUCAGUAAGAAAAUAAAAUGAAACUAUAAAAUUUGAUGUAACUGAUAAAAAAUUUAUAAAUAAGCUUAAGUUUGUAUUAAAGGUAAUAUUGGUCAGCGAAAAUAUAUGAAAUAAAUUGAUAGUACAUAUUUAUGAUCUAAAUUUCGUAUAAAAGCUGUCAAUUAUGGAUAUAUUUUUAGCUUAAACUUUAAAAAAAAAUUAUGUUGUUUGUCCGCAGGUCAAGGGAAAAGUCAAAGGGAAUGAAUAAUUGUGGUAACUAGUUAUGUGAUUUAGUAACAUGUAAGAUAAUUAUUGUUUUGUAUGUUUUAGUUUCCAAAUCUUUAUUGUUACAAUAAAUAUUACUCAUUAAUUAUAUAAUUUUUAUAUAGAAAUAAUAGGAUCUAAUAUUGCAAUUAAGUAGUGUUAUUUUUUUGAUAGAUAUUAUACAUUAAUUUUUGAAAUUUAAACCUGACUGAUCCGUAAGUUAACAUUAUGAUUUUGGAAAAAUUGAUUUGUGUAUAGUGAUUAUCAUUAAAUUUUAUAAUUGUUAAUAUUAUAUAUAUAUAUAUAUAUAUAUAUAUCUAUGUAUAAUAUUACAUAUAUUUUCCAUAAUUUUCAUUUAAUUUUAUAGUUGUUAAUAUUUUAAUAUUAAUGGAGCCGUGGAAUUUUUUUUAAUUAAAAUAGAUUAAUUUAACUAAUGCAUUAAUUAAACAGUAAAAGACAAAAUCUCCUUAAAUAUAGGUUUAGUUAAUAUCUCAACGGCAUGGAACUGUAAAUAAUUUGCAAAACUGAGGUAUAAGUCAAAUGUGUACUCCUCUUUUAAUAGAUUAGACUAUGAUAAAAUAUGUACCUUGCACAGAGUGAGUUUAUUUGUAUAUAUUAUCGACAAUAUUUUUAUAUAUUUGAUUAUUUUAUUUAUACAUAUACAAUGUUUUUUGUUGUUAAUAUAUAUUUUUCAGAUGGACGGGAUCAAUUUUUAUUAAAAUUUGUGGAACUAAAAUAUAAUUAAUGUAUUAUGGAUUGAUCGGAUUAGACAUUAAACAAAUUAUGACACAAAACUUAUUUUUCCCACCGAACACAUUUUUGAAAAAAGUGAACAGUAUUGUUUCCACAGUUGAAAUAUUUUGACAUUUAUCUUCCAUAUGGUUUUGAAAGGUUUCAGAUCAACCAUCGAAUUGAUACAUGUCAUUUUAAUUCUUGUAGUCGUAUGCUUAAGAAAAACUUAUAUUUUUGUAAUUUAAAGUCGUUUUAAAAAAUUCAAAAUAUAACAUAUAAGAAAAAAUCUAACAUAUAAGAAAAAUAUAAAAUAUAAGGUUUCCUCAUUUUUGUAAUUUAAAGUCGUUUUAAAAAAAUUAAAAUUUAACAUAGAAGGUUUCCUCAUUUUUUUAAUUUAAAGUCGUUUUAAAAAAUUCAAAUAUAACAUACUAGAAAAAAUAUAUUUUUUUUAUUAUAUAAAAUUAAAAAAAAUGAAGAAGGAUGCAAAAAUUGUUAUCAAAUCUUUAUAUUCAUAGGCAUUAAUUACCAUAUAUAUGUUAAUGAUAUUAGGUAGUUCUGUAGCUUUUAUUUAAGGAAAAAGUACACACUUCUUAUAUUUUGGGUUAAUAUAAUGUUUUCUAGUAAUUGGAUUUGGACCGAUAUUUUUUCAAUUGAUUUUUAAGGUGACACGUAAGCUAAAUUAUAAUCCUAAUUAAGUGACACCUAAGAAGAGUCUCUUUUUAAUUAGUAUAAAAUUAAGGUUACAACUUUUUAAAUGAUCCUCAAUUAAUAUAUAUGGAAUAUGCAAAAUUAUAUGCUAUAUUAAUGUGAUUUGGUUUAGUUUGGUUGGGGGAGAUUCCCACUCUAAUCUAGGUUUAACUUUCAAUUCCUAAAGUCAUUGCAACUUAUAGGCAUUAAAAAUAAACGUGAGGAGACUAUAGGAGGACAAAUUUGCUAUUGGAACUCUUUUUUGACAAAAUAGUUUAUGACCAUUUCUCGGUAAGUUUAUGAGUGAAGACGUUCGUCGGAAUAACUGAAUGUUAGACAUUAUGAAGUAGUAUAACCAUAUGUCAAAACCUGAGUUGGUUUGAAUGAGAAAUGAAAGUUUAAAAUAAAUUUCUUGUAAAACUUAAAAUGACAUUUGUAAAAAAGAGAUAUUGGAUCGAACCCGAGUUUCAGGUUUCGGGAUUUGGUUAAUGGCUUAUGGGCCAAAAGAUUAUUCUUUUUUUUUUCAAAUUCUACUUUAUAUUUUGUUGACAAAGUAAAAAGAAUAUUUAUUUUAGUUUAUGAUAUUAGUAUCAUUAUUAUGAACAAUUAAGCAUACAUAUAAUCAGAUAUGAUUUCUUUGUAACAUAAGUCUUAAUAUUUUUCAAAAUGAUUAAUGUGAGAAUCCAUUCUCAAAUCUCCAAUUUAUGGUUCAUGUUGACCAUAUGAGCCACUUUCUUUUCAUUCUAAGGACACUAAGUUAUCAACUCAUACCAAAUCUUCCAUAUGAUUUUAUUCUUUUAGUUUUUUGUUGUGUCUUAGAGUACAACACAUAAAAGGGGUCUGUAGAUUCUAUCUUUGGUGUUGGAAGAAAAAAACAUUGUAGUCGUAUCAUGGGAAUCUGAGCACUACGAAACCGUUUCACUACGAGGCCUUUAAAAAUUUAAGGAAACAAAUCUAUCAUCUCAACUCUACAAUUCUUUUUUAUCAGUUUAUUUCGGUAUUGUAGUUUUAACUUUAUGUUCUUAUUAUUUUUAAAAGUAUCAGUUGCACUGAAAUAGUAAAAUAAGGUUUUAUUUUUUAAAUCUUUAAAUAUUGUUUAUCCUUUUGCAUUAACAAUACUGAUAUGUGUUAAAAGUUUUUUUUAAGAAUAUGUUGAUCUAUAUUCUGAACAUGAAUUGGAAAAGUCAUUAUAAUGAAAGUGUUCAUUAUUCUUCUAAUUGAUCCGGAAAGAAAAAAGAAAUAUAUUUUUUCUUGUUUUAUUUUUAUUUUUAUCUGAUUGUUUAACUGCAGGGAAUUAAGAUUCAUUUUUUUUUGCCGGUUGCAGUUUAUUAUUUAAUCCUUGCGUUCAGAUUUCCUCUAUAGCUUGCAUAGAUUUUUGUGUUAAAUUGUUCAUUUUUUGAAAUUCAGAAUUUAAUUGGAUUUAAAUUACAGACGUUAUAUAAUUUAGCAAGUAUUGUUAUCGUUCAAUCUUUGCAUAAUUUAGCAGAUUAUUGGAAGAGCAUCUUUGUUUGCUGCUUUGAUCUUUUUGCAAUAUUAAUUUCUUUAAUGGUUUAGACUUUAAAGAUUUGGCCUUGGUAUCUUGACUUUUGUUAUAAAAUUAGUCAAAAAUGUGCUAAUGCUUAGACUUGGUUAAAGAUAAUUAUUUGCUUUAAUUAUCAUGACUAAAACGUUUUGAUUUCUUGUUUCAGAUUAAAGUAAAUGUUCAACCAUGAAAAGGAAACAAAGAUUCAAGUUUCAAGUAUGGUGAUACCAUAGUUAUAAACAACACUUUGAUUCUCAAAAGAUCAAAUGGUAUGGAUAAAAAUGGAUUUCGUGAGUCGACGUCCCAAAUUAAGUUUGAAAGAAAUCUGCCACGUAUGAAAUCGUUUGUCAUUCUUUUGUUGAUAUUAAUCAAAACAUUCAUAUUCCAUUAUGUAUAUAUAUACUAGAAUAUUAGAAUCUAUAAUUGUAUUAUAUAACCAUAUCACAAAUACAAAGCUAAUACAGAUUAUAUAAUAUCAUCAUCUCCACUAAGAAAAACUUAAACAAAAUUUAAAAUUUUGUUAUUUUAAUUUAGCAGUUGACACUUUGUGAGUUUAGUUUAUUCUAAGCAAGAAUACUUUUCAAUGUCAACUUGAUUAUCUGAAAACUAAUAUUUCAGGAACUUGACACGAUGUUGGUAUCAAACUCCUCAAAGAAUUUGAGAAAAUGGAGAGGCAUCUUCAUGGAGUUUUGUACGUGUUCAUUAUCACAUUUUCUCUUAUACAUUUUGUGCAAGCGCAGGAUCAAAAAGGAUUCAUCACUUUGGAUUGUGGCUUGUUACCUGAUGGUUCUCCGUACACCGAUCCAUCUACUGGAUUAACAUUCACCUCAGAUACUAGUUUCGUCGAGAGUGGAAAGAACGGUCGAGUUGAUAAGGAUUUUGAGAGAAACUUCGAAAAGGCGUUUGUAACGCUGAGAUACUUUCCAGAAGGACAACGGAAUUGUUAUAACGUGAAGGUCACGCAAGGAACAAAAUAUCUUAUUAGAGCUUCUUUCUUUUAUGGAAAUUAUGAUGGUCUUCAAACCCUCCCAAACUUUGAUCUGUUUCUUGGCCCUAAUAAGUGGACAACUGUGAAUUUGAAUGCUACUGUACCAGGUGGUCAGUAUAGGGAGAUUAUUCACAUGUCCAAGUUAAGCUCUUUGCAGAUCUGUCUUGUUAAGACUGGAACAACUACGCCGAUGAUAUCAACCUUGGAGCUACGGCCACUGAGAAGUGAUAUCUACAUUAGUGACACUGGGAGCUCCUUGCAGUUCUUAUCAAGAACUUAUCUUAAAGGUUCUGGUAGCAUUUUACGGUACCCUGAUGAUGUCUAUGACCGUAGGUGGUUCCCAUUGGUGAAGAAGGAUUGGAAUUUAAUAACUACAACACUCAAUGUAAACACUUCUAAUGGUUUUGAUCCGCCUCAAGGUGCGAUGGCCUCAGCUGCAACCUAUGUAAAUGAUAAUGGGACGUGGGAUAUUCCUUGGAACAUGGAGGAUUCUACAACACGGUUUCACAUUUACCUUCACUUUGCAGAGAUUCAAACUUUGUUAGCCAAUGAGACCAGAGAAUUCAGCGUUUUCCUCAAUGGAAAUGAAUUUUCUAAACCUUUUAGUCCUAAAAUGUUAGGCAUUGUAACUAUGAUAACUCAACCCGAAUCCACAUUGAGAUGCGAAAGUGGGGCUUGCCUUUUGCAGCUGGUGAAAACAACAAAUUCAACUCUUCCUCCUCUCCUCAAUGCUAUGGAGAUUUUUACUGUUGUUGAACUUCCACAGCCAGAAACAAACCAAGAUGAAGUGGUUGCUAUCAGUAAGAUCCAAAGUGCUUACGGAUUGAGUAGAGUUAGCUGGCAAGGAGAUCCAUGUGUCCCCAGAGAGUUCUUGUGGGCUGGUCUAAACUGUAACAACACAGAUACUUCCACUCCACCAACAAUCACUUCCUUAAACUUAUCUUCAAGUGGAUUGACCGAUAUAAUUAUGCCUGCCAUUCAGAAUCUAACCAAUCUACAAGAACUAGACUUAUCAAACAACAGCUUGAACGGUGAUGUGCCUGAAUUUCUAGCUGACAUGAAAUCUCUUUUUAUCAUAAACUUAAGUGGAAACAAUCUUAGUGGCCAAGUUCCUCAAAAGCUUCUACAAAAGAAAGGACUGAAGCUGAAUGUUGAAGGCAACCCUAACCUUAAUUGCACAGAAAGUUCAUGUGUAAAUAAACCUAGAGAAAGUGGGCAUCCCAAAAAGGGUAUAAUUGUACCAGUUGUUGCAUCAGUUGCUUCAAUGGUUAUUAUUGGAAGUGCAUUGGUUACAUUCUUUGUUCUCAAAAGGAAAAAAUCAUCAAACAAUAGAGGUAUUCAUAACAGAUUUAUUAAUUUUCAUGUAUACAGUAACACUACAUAUCAAACAAAAAAAAUCAUAUUAAUAUUUUGUGUUGCAGAAAAGGGUAGAAGAACACCAAGACCGGAGCCACCGAAAAUAACGAAAAAGAAAAGAUUUAGUUACGCAGAGGUUACUGAAAUGACAAAUAACUUUGAAAGGAUUCUUGGGAGAGGAGGAUUCGGCAUGGUUUAUCAUGGAUAUGUUAAUGGUACAGAACAAGUUGCUGUUAAAGUAGUCUCUCAGGGAUCAGAUCAGGGGCACAAACAAUUCAAGGCAGAGGUUGAUCUUCUUCUGAGAGUUCAUCACAAGAAUUUGGUAGGCCUAGUUGGAUAUUGCGAAAAAGGGAAGGACUUGGUUCUCGUAUACGAAUACAUGUCCAAUGGAGACUUGAAAGAGCUUUUGUCAGGGAAGCAUCACUCCUCUGUUUUAAGGUGGGGAACCAGACUAAAAAUAGCUGUAGACGCUGCACAAGGAUUGGAAUAUUUGUAUAAAGGAUGCAGACCACCAAUUGUUCAUAGAGAUGUGAAAACAGCAAAUAUAUUGUUGGACGAACACUUCCAAGCCAAAAUUGCUGACUUUGGGCUUUCUAAAUCAUUCCCAAACGAUGGAGAAAGCCAUGUAUCCACAGUCGUUGCAGGAACUCUUGGUUACCUUGAUCCAGAAUACUACCAAACAAAUUGGCUGACUGAAAAAAGUGAUGUCUAUAGUUUCGGAGUCGUUUUAUUGGAGAUCAUAACAAAUUUGCCAGUGAUUGACCAGCGUCGUGAAACACCAUACAUAGCAGAAUGGGUGGGAUUAAUGGUCACCAAAGGAGAUAUUAAAAGCAUUAUAGAUCCAAGACUUAAAGACGAUUACCACUCUGAUUCUGUUUGGAAAUUUGUUGAGCUAGCAAUGGCUUGUGUCAAUGCUUCUUCAGCGAGUAGACCGACCAUGUCACAAGUUGUUAUUGAGCUAAUCGAAUGUUUAACACUUGAAAACUCGAGAGGAGGAACGAGUUGUGACAUGGAAUCCAGGGGUUCAAGAGAAGUGACCAUGACAUUUGGAACUGAAGUGAACCCCACGGCUCGCUAGGCUUGCUUAAAGAACAAUCUUUUGGUGCAUUUUCAUUGUGUUUAGAUAAAAUAAUUCAGAAACGUUUGUCUGAAGUAACCAAUUUGAUCUUACAACUGCAAAAAAAAAAAA